GCUGCUCAACGACAAAUCGGCUGGGGACGGCCAGGCUCCGGCCGCGGGAGUGGGCGGGGCGCAUUUAAGAGCUGCCGGCCUGGGGCGGACGGCCGAGGCGGCGCGGGACGGGUCUCAGCUUCCAACUGGGUCUUCUGUCCAUCUAUUACCACUUCAGACCAUCAGGAUGGCCACAAACAAAAGUAAGGGCCAGAGUUCCUUGGCCCUUCACAAGGUCAUCAUGGUUGGCAGUGGAGGAGUGGGCAAGUCGGCCCUGACGCUUCAGUUCAUGUAUGAUGAGUUUGUAGAGGACUAUGAGCCUACGAAAGCUGACAGCUACAGAAAGAAAGUGGUUCUGGAUGGAGAAGAGGUCCAGAUAGACAUCCUAGACACUGCGGGCCAAGAGGACUAUGCUGCCAUUCGUGACAACUACUUCCGGAGUGGGGAGGGCUUCCUGCUGGUGUUCUCCAUCACUGAGCAUGAGUCCUUUACAGCCACUGCUGAGUUCAGGGAGCAGAUCCUCCGGGUCAAGGCUGAAGAAGAUAAGAUCCCACUGCUGGUAGUGGGAAACAAGUCUGACUUGGAGGAGCGGAGGCAGGUGCCCAUUGAGGAGGCCAGGGGCAAGGCGGAAGAGUGGGGCGUGCAGUAUGUGGAGACAUCGGCUAAAACACGGGCCAACGUGGACAAGGUAUUCUUUGACCUAAUGAGAGAAAUCAGAACAAAGAAGAUGUCAGAAAACAAAGACAAGAAUGGCAAGAAGAACAGCAAGAACAAGAAAAGUUUUAAAGAAAGGUGUUGCUUGCUGUGAGGGCAGGGCCAGGGUGGCAGAUGGAGUCCAUGGUUGCUAAGGAUGCAGGACUGGGCUGGCAAGUAGAAGACACUAGCUGGAUUCUGCCUGUGUUUUCUGCUUUCCCAGACCUCACUCACUUGUACUUCUUUAAAUGGGGACAAAUAUUUGUGAAUUGGUGACUGGCAGAAGAAAUAAGCCAGCUUAUUUUGGAGCUUUGGAGUCCCCAUUCUCUCUUCCCCCUCUUUGUUCCUCACCACAGCUUAACUGGGUAUACAGUGCUCAAGGAGAAAAGGUAUUGUUUGAGUAUCUUUUUCCCUAGGAUUUUUUCUUUUUGCUUGGCUGGUGCUCUGCUACUUGAGCCAGGCCUGUAACCUGGCUUUUGCUGGUUAUUUUAGAGGUGGAGUCUCGAGGACUUUUUUACUUGUCCUAGCUUCAAAAUGUGAUCUUCCAGAUCUCAGCCUAUUGAGUAGCUAGGCAUGUGCCCCCAUGCCUAGUUUUUAUAAUGUUAAACCUUCCUCUUUUGCUUUGCAAUAAAAAUGUCUUUUUUAUUAGAUUUUGGAAGUGGGUCUGAGGUAAGAUCCUCCUCUUACUUUAUCAGUUUAGCAGUAGCACUCAGAAAAGUCCAUUAAACCCUAAUGAUGCUGAAGAAUCCUGGGACUUUUGAUAAGCUUCUUGCAGUGCCCUGUGAAUAUCAAGCAUAGCUGGACCAGUGAACUUGGAUUGAUGGGCUAUAUGGACCAACACUAUGCUUAUAAAUCUUCUUAACAUAUGAAAAAUGAAACUCAUUUCCUUCAUAUCUAAAUAUUGGCCAUUUACAAUGUGAAUUGGCUCUUUUUCUCCUCAGCAUCUUGAUUGUUGGGUAGGAUGCACAAAGAUCAAGGAACAUGCUGUUUUUCUUUUUUCCUUCUUUU